ACAGCUUCCUGGUUGUAAACUGCUUGAGAGUCUGACAGCCGGUCAACUCAAAAGCAGCCAGAAGAAACUUUCUUGCUAACGUUGGGAAGGAAUUAAAAAAUGCUGAAAGGUGCAGAUGAUGUUAUUAUGGAGCAGGAGGACUCUGCUUCCCGACAUGGAGAAAUGACAAGUUGGGAUAUCAAUGACAUCAAACUUCCCCAGGAUGUAAGACAGAUAGACUGGUUUCAAGAAUGGCCAGAUUCCUAUGAAAAACAUAUCUAUAGCUCAGAGGAUAAAAAUGCUCAGAGGCACCACAGCAGCUGGGCAAUGAGAAACACUAACAACCACAACUCUCGCAUCUUAAAAAAGUCCUGCCUCGGAGUGGUGGUCUGUGGCAAUGACUGCUCGACCUUGGAUGGGAGGAAAAUCUACCUAAGACCAGCCAUAUGUGAUAAAGCUAGGCAAAAACAACAGCGGAAAUGCUGUCCAAACUGCAAUGGACCCUUGCGGCUCCUUUCCUGUCGAGGCCAUGGUGGUUACCCAGUUACCAACUUCUGGAGGCAUGAAGGCCAAUUCAUAUUUUUUCAGUCCAAAGGAGCUCAUGACCAUCCACGUCCAGAAACAAAACUAGAAGCAGAAGCAAGAAGAUCAAUCCAAAAAGCACAGACAGCUUUUUCUCUAUCUUCUCCAAGACUAAAAAGAAUCCAGAAGAUUGAGUCUCCUACAGGUGCAAUGCUGACACCGGAGGCUUUGCCUUUGCCUCUUUCCAAGCUGGAUGCUUAUGUGCUACCUGCUAAUUUUGGGGAACAUUUAAGCAAAAGCUCCCAGGAGCCAACACUGGGCAGCUGCUGUGGGCGGCCGCCAUACCUAAGGGUGGCUGGGGAGGAUGGGGACUCUGGAGAGGCCGACCUGCCCUGCACAGCCCCUUCCCCCCGGCACUGCACCCACCCCAGCACCCAGCACGUCCUGCCCAUGGCAGAGGGUGGCCAUGACCCCUUCAGGCCUAAUGCUGGCCCUUUGGGGGAUGAACCCUCUGAGGAGAAAUCCCUGCUGGCCUACAGCAGCAGCUGCCUCCCUCCACCGCCCUACCCCGUGCCUCAGGGAGGCCCCCGCACCAUGGCGAGUGGGGCAAAACACCACCACCACCUCUCAGCACCUCUGAGGGGAAGCGAAGGAGACCGGGGCCAGGGAAGAUGCUGUACGGGUCUCAGCUACUGCAAUGACAACGCAUUUUUUAACCUGUACCCGUUACGGUGA